UAAAUGAUGGGUGCUCGCCUUUAGCCAUUACAAUCAGGCAUCAUGAAACUUGUGAUCUUGGCUUUGCUCAUUGCUGGUGCUUACGGCUGUGGGCGACCCACCUACGAUCCUCUCCUCUCAAGGGUGGUGGGUGGAAGUGAUGUUAAACCACACAGCUGGCCAUGGCAGGCAUCUCUCCAGUACAAGAGUGGCUCCAGCUUCUACCACACCUGUGGUGGAACCUUGAUCUCCAAGGAGUGGGUGAUGACUGCUGCUCACUGCAUUGGCAGCCGUACUUACAGAGUCUACCUGGGCAAGCACAACCUGCCACUCGCCAGCGAGGCUGGCUCCAUCGCCAUCGCUCCUGCCAAGAUUAUUGUGCAUGAGAAAUGGGAUUCCUAUAACAUCCGCAAUGACAUUGCCCUGAUCAAGCUGGAGACUCCAGUGAAGUUCUCAGACACCAUCUCGCCUGCUUGUCUGCCUGAUGACGGUGCCAUCAUGCCCAACAACUUCCCCUGCUAUGUCACUGGCUGGGGACGCCUCUGGACCAAUGGUCCCAUUGCUGAUAUCCUGCAGCAGGCCCUGCUCCCUGUUGUGGAUCAACCAACCUGCACUAGGUCUGACUGGUGGGGCUCCCUGGUUACCAAUCUCAUGGUGUGUGCCGGUGGAGAUGGAGUGGUGUCCAGCUGCAAUGGUGACUCUGGUGGCCCUCUGAACUGCCAGAGAAGUGAUGGCACCUGGGAUGUUCACGGUAUUGUGAGCUUUGGCUCCAGCUUGGGCUGCAACUACCCCAAGAAACCCUCUGUCUUCACCCGUGUCUCUGGCUACAUUUCCUGGAUCAACGGAGUGAUGACCUCUAACUAAAUUGUGGGAGACACAAUCAAAAUCAACAUCAUAAACAACAAUACUGUAAAAACAACAACAAACAUAAAACGUAUAAACAUGAAACAUAUUGUAAUCAGUUAAACAAGUUCAAAACUCUUGGGCAUAAAUAAAUAAACAAGCAUUAUUUUCUCA